AUGUUUGGUACACGUUUCUUUUCCCAGCUUCCUCUUUGGGAAAUUUCCGAGUAUCCUCCUUGGUCUCUUUUUUUGUCCCUCAUCUGUCCCCUGACCUAUCGUGCCCACAGCUUCCAUUGUUACCCGCACUUGGACUUUAUUGCCUUGACCAAUCUUGCUCCCCUUCCCAUUAAACUUCAACCUACAUCCACUUCGUCAAUCUAUUUUUCCUUGUGUUACCCGGAUGAUAUAUGUCUCUAUCCCUCAACCGGUCUUAUAACUCCACCCUCUAUACCUCCCUCUCUCUACCUCCUCCACUUUUGUUUUUUUUAUAUUCUUCUUCAUCACUUCUCACGGAACAAACAUACUUUCCUGUUACCCGCACAUUGA